UACGCUCGUGGGCGCGGGUGUGAGCGGAAGUGACGCCAUCGCGUUUGUUUCGGAAGCGAAAACGGCGUCAGAUUUAAACGGACUACAUUUUCCAAUUUCAGUGGACAUUAGCAGGACACUGGGCUCAUGUCUGAGAGCCGGCAGACGCAGCGAGGUGACGAGCGAGCACGUGACAGGGCGAGACGCAGGGACAGUGGACAGAGUAAAGCGUCUCUGCGUGCGUCUCACCCUCGCACCGUGAGCCGCGCCGCUCAGGGGGAUCUGCAGGAGAUCAGCAGGCCGAGAGAGGUGAUUGGUCAGCUGCAGACUGAAGGGCGGGGCGUUGACAAAGAGGAGGAGCUGAGAUGGAGGAUCAACCAGCUGGAGAAGGACAAGCUCGAGCUCAGCUCCAAGUACAAUCAGGAGGUGUCGGGUUACGAGGCUCAGCUCACUCGCUGUCGUGCUCUGCUGGAGAAAGGAGAAGCUCAGAGACAGACACUCGAGUACGAACUCGCUGUGAUGAAAAGAGACACAGCUGCUCAGAAAAGUCUCUCUGAGGACAAGAUGGCCGGCCUGAUCACACACAACCAGCAGCUGGAGGGCCUCAAUGCGGAGCUGCGUCAGAGGGCCUCUGAUCUACAGAGAGCUUUGGAGAUCACGCAGCAAGCUCGGUAUGAUGAUGAGAAGAGCCUCCAGGCAGAGCUGCGUGAGAGGGACCAUCUGAUUCACAGCAUUAGCACAGAGAGAGAGCUGCUGCAGGAGGAGAACAGACGCCUGGACUCACUGCUGCAGGAGCAGAAAGACACACUGCAGGAGCUGAAGGGCAGGAUGGACAGUGUGCAGAGAGACAGAGAGCGAGACGCUGAGAAGCUCAAAGUGAGGACGGCUGAGCUGAAGAAGAGUAUGGAGAGUGAGGAGAUGAUGAAGAAGGAGGUGGAGACAGCCGUACAGAGAGUAAAGGCUCUGGAGGAGUGUGUGGAGUCAGAGAGAGCUGCUCACCUGGAGUUCAAGGUCAGCGCUGAGGUCAUUCAGCUGCGGCUCAGGGAUGUGGAAGCGGCUCUGUCAGUAGAGAAGAGGAAUCAGGCUGAGGCUGCGUCCAGUCUGGAGCUGCUCAAACACAGAUCUGGAGAAGUGGAGAGAGCACACACACGCGAGAGAGCGCGCGCUGACAACACACAACACACACUGACACUAGUGGAGCAGGAGUACCGGAACACUAAAGCCGACCUGAUUGGCCAGCUGGAGAAAGCCAAGGCCGCCUCGGCUGAUCUGAUUGGUCAGUUGGAGCGGGAGAAGGCGGAGUCAGCUAAGCUGAUUGGUCAGUUGGAGCGGAAGAAGGCGGAGUCAGCUAAGCUGAUUGGUCAGUUGGAGCGGGAGAAGGCGGAGUCAGCUAAACUGAUUGGUCAGUUGGAGUGGGAGAAGGCGGAGUCAGUUAAGCUGAUUGGUCAGUUGGAGCGGGAGAAGGCGGAGUCAGCUAAACUGAUUGGUCAGUUGGAGUGGGAGAAGGCGGAGUCAGCUAAGCUGUCAGUCAAACUGCAGGAACAGGAGAGAGUGCAAACGGAGAGAGGGCAAGAACUCAACCUGGUUCAGAAAAGGCUGGUGUUUGUGGAGGAAGCAUAUGAAGGUCUUCUCAAAGAAAUGGAGCAGCUGUUACACCAUCACCACCACCACCAGGGGGCACCACCCAUCACCGGAGAUAAACAGAGCCCGUCUGCUCUGAUGGAUAUCUUGAGAAGAGUGUUACAUCGCUAUCACACAGAGCUGAAGGACUUGGUGAAGGUGGUCGAAGCGCUGGACAAAGAGAAUAAAGACAAAGACGAGAUCAUCACUGACCAGAAGAGACGCAUACAGGAGUGUGAGGCUCGGUGUGUGUGUGCGAGUGAGGAGGCGGAGCGUCUGCGCGUGUGUGUUGCAGACGCUGCAGGCGCAGCAGGGCGAGCACAGACGGAACUGCAGAGCAUCACACACCGCUGGGAGGAGGAGAGAGAGCGACACACACACACCAAAACACGCAUACACACACUCACACAGGAGCAUGAGAAGGAGCAGCAGGAGAAGCUGGCCUUCCUGCACUCUCUGUAUCAGCGGCUCCUCACUGGCUGUGUGUUGGUAGCCCCGCCCCAGAGCAUGAUGAGUAGCUUCUCGUGGGCGGAGCUUAGUGUCAUGCUCCAGGAGCAAGCAGACACGCUGACCUCUGACCUCAACUCGGCCAAUCAGAGGAUUGCGUGUUUGGAGAGUGUGUGUGAGGGGAAGGAGGCGGCGCUGACGAGUGUGUGUGAGCAGCUGAAGCGGAGAGAGGAGAGCUGGAUCAAACAGAGAGAGGAGCUGGACACACACCACACACACACAAUCAACAAACUACACACCAGAGCUCAGGAUCUGAGGAGUCGUUUGGAUCACACUGAAGAGAGUCUCCGUGUUUCGGAGCGCUCUCACUCCGCCCUCCAACAGGAAGUGACCCGGCUUCAGGAGCUGGUGCGUGUGUGUCGCCGUGACGACGCGUCCCUCCUGGCAGCGUGCGCCAUGUUGGCAGGGUGUGUGUGCACGCUGCACGGCCGUGUGCGUUCGCUGGUGCGUCAGAAAACCCUACUGCAGCAAAGAGUGUGUGACGCGGAAUCUCUCAGACAGGAAGUGAGCGCUCUGCUGCACGCGCUCGGUGACCCCGGGGUCAAAGGUCAGGGCGGGGUCAGAGGGGGCGUGUGGAAGUUCAGAGUGCACGUGAUCGCUGUGAUGGCCGCCCUGCGUCUCCGCACUCUGUGCAGGAACACACACACGCUGCUCAGAGCGGGUGCAGGAGUGUGUGUGAGCGAGCUGAGGCUGAGCAACACACACACUGAGGAAGAGGAGAACGAGAGGGUGAGGAAGAUGCUCACAUCCUCACAGCUGUGUGUGAUCUUACACACCUGCAUGCAGGAGGUGCAGACAGAGCUGCAGAGAACAGAGCGCAGUGUGUGUGUCUUAGAGGCCGCUCGCUCCAGCUUCACUAAGCUGAUGGAGAAACUGCUGCCUGAGUCAGAGUCAGGUCGUCAUGGUGAUGUGGGGUCGUUGGCACGGCAACUGGGUCACGGAUUGUACAACCUCCGCAAAACGCACCAAGUACCACUGAGACAUGACACCAACGAGGUCAUGCUGUCUGCCCUACAGCAGCACUUCCUGGUGUUUACUCAGCGUUUACACUCCGCUGAGGUGGAGAGGAGAGACCUGAGGAUCGAACUGUCACGCCUCAAACGCAGAAACACACACACACACAACGGGACGAAAGACAACACACACACUCGCAGUGAGACGAAGGACAACACACACACAUCGUGUGUGCCGGUGCAGCAGUUCCGCAGUGUGUGUGAGGAGUUGAGCUCGGCUCUGCGCAGGGAACAGCAAGCGCAGACUCUCCUGCAUGAACAGGCCACACAGCUGCAGGAGCUCGGCGUUACCAUGGAGACACACACCUCAGAACAGCUGGAAAAAGAUCACACACUCGCUCAGGCUGUACAGAGUCUGUCUGAUGCGAAGUUGGAGCUUAAGAGGAAAGACCAAUCUCUGCGGUUGCUAGGGAAACGGCUAAGCCAAUCACAGCAAGAGAAACAGGAGCUACAGCAGAGCAUCAACAGAGCGGAAAACACACUGCGCAUGGCAGCUAGGAGUAAAGAGUGUUUAUCGAGCUACAUCAUGUCAGUGGAGUGCAGACUGAGAGAGUUAAAGGAGCGACUCCUCCUUUCUCACUCCAUGUCCUCACGAGACGAUUUCACCCUGCACUUACCCAUAAUGCACCAGGACACACAGGUCCUAGAGCUGGGCAGUGAAGGAGCGGAGAUGAAGGCGUGUCAGUCUCUGGUGCGCAGUUUCACAGACGUGUAUGAGUUAGUGUGUGGUAAGACGGCGUGUCUGGAGAGAGAGAUCUCCUCAUAUCAGUCGCACAUCACCGCUCUGAAAGCCGAGCUACACGACGCCUGCGUACGAGAGAACCAGUGCUACCUGAUCGGAUGCACUGACGCGCUGGCUCCUGUUUCUGAAGCAGAGGGGAAUUGUGGGAUACCGGCUGUCUCACACACUGGUGUCGCAGAGAAAGAUGUCCCCGGAAACAUGCACACACUCCAAAAUAAGUCCACUGUUCCACUGAAGAAGAGCAGAAGUGUGAAAAAAUCCUCCAAAAAUGUCAAAAGUGCCUCAAAACCAUCAACAUAAAAGUCCCUCUCUGUUACACACUGAAAUGCAUUUUGUACUAAAUUCUACUUUUUUGUAGAUUUUGCCUUUUAGAAAAUAAGAGCAAUUGUUUUAUAGCCAUCUGUCACUGCUGCUAAUUACUGCAGAAAUAAACAAUAUUAAACACCGAAGACUCUGUAAAACACGCAAAUAUAAAUAUACAGAGUUUAUCA